UGUGGCUUCUCUGUCCUCAUGUCCUCCUCCAGCGUGCAAGUGCAACAGGUAACGGACACCGAUUUUCCCUCUGAAAAAGAAAGGGGUUAAUGAAUGGGGAACACCAUUGCCCGCCGCGCUUCGACCGACUUGAACGCAAUAUAGGAAAUUGACCCACCUACAAUUCAGCAUUUGCUUGAACGAUGUCUCUCACGGUGAGCACGGAGCCUGAGAAGCCGGCGGCAUGCACGGCGGACGAAGCUAGCCAGGUUGCCGUGAACAUGGUCAUCCGCCAGGACCCCUUUUACAUCACGCUCGAUGCCGCGGCUCUCCUGGCGGGCUCUGUUCUGCUCGUCCUCGGGAUGCACUUCGUAGACCGGCUUUUUCUCGAAUGCCUCAUUCUCUUGGUCCCACUAGCCCUGCUCGUCCGCAACGACUACCUCAACUUCUUGAAACUCGGACCCGGCGGGACGCCUCCAACCCCCGCGGGCUACGCCCGGCUGACGUGGUACCGGCUGUUCACUCUACGGGACCCAUUCAGCCCGCCUCCGCGGGAUCCCGCGGUGAAACCGGCGACCGGGAUCCUCAAGGGGCUACCCUACCGGCCGGGGCCGCGGCCGGUGGUGGCCGGGCUGGCGCCGCAGCGGCAGCUGAACCAGCACGGGUCACCCCUGGCCUAUGGGCGGCUGCGCGGGGCGCUCGAGGCGCUCUGCGCGCGGCUCCCGCAAAAGUUCGUCACGGCCACGUCCUGCCUCGAGAAGCACGGCUUCGCCCUCUUCGCGCGGCACCCGCUCAACGUGUGCGGUAAUGGCGAGGUCGCCCAUAUCCACACGUCGGACCGCUCAAUGCACAUGAACCUGCACCCGGACGACAUCAAGGAGGUGCUGGAAAAGGGAUGGGGGCAGAGGCACCCAAUGGCUUGGAAGGGUAGGGUACCAAGUCCAGUCCCGGUAACGUUUACCAUGAUUUACGCCCCGAGAGAUGAGGGCGAUUUGCGAAUUGUUUGCCGGAUCAUCGAGGCUGCGAUCUGGUACACUCUCGCGGAACGCGCAGAGAUCCAGCUGGCCCGGAGUAAUCAGACGACGCAAGGAGGUUAUUGUCCGAGUGAGCUCUGAACCCAUUUUCUGGGGGAAAGCUGGGCGCAAAGGGAAAAGGGGUUACGCGCUGUAGUUACCUUACCUGGUAUGACUCAAGAAAAGAAUCAUACCACUGAUUCCGGGUGUAAACUGAGGCUAUAUAUAGCUCUCUGCUGACUUAGACAUUGGCAAUGUAAACUCAGAUGACGGUUACCACCCGACGAAUUCAUGCUCGCGAACUGGUCAUUCAUAAAUGGGCACAUCCGUCUCGAAGUGGUAUGGUGUUUGGGCAGGCCCCAUAAACCAACAUGUCUACCAAACGCUUGUCACAGAAAUUGAGAGGUAUCUGAGUCACCUAUACCUCAAAAUACAGGCAUCAAUGUAUGGAUACAAGCGGGCUACUUCCCUCCGCGUUCCUCGUUGGGACACCCCU